AUGUCCCUCCCAACGCACACACCAGUUUGGCGUAUCAAGAAUUCCCCUCAAGACUCUGUAGUUCUUGAUUUUUCUGAUGAUGCAACGUUUGCCUUGACAGAAGAACCUCUGCCUCAUGUUGAGGAUGGUGAAAUGCUCGUGGAAACGUUGUACAUCUCCAAUGACCCUGCACAACGAGGAUGGAUCCAGAAAGGUGUCUUGCCAGAGCGCCUUUACACCGCUCCUGUGCGUGAGGGCGAUGUAAUGGCGACACAUUCCAUCGCUCGUGUUCUCGCAAUCAAGGACAACACCGGCCAUGGAUUUAAGGUAAACGACCUGGUUUACUGUUUGACUGCUGGGUGGCGACGAUACGCUGUGAUCAAAAUAGGCCCAUCCUCAUGCCUACCCGUGAUUGCGGUCGGGAAUGUCGUCGUUCAAUACGCCAAGAAAGUGCUCAAGGCCAAAAAAGUGAUUGCAAUCACGGGAUCAGACAAAAAAUGCCAAUGGAUCAAGGAGCUCGGUGCAGAUGUGGCCCUCAAUUAUAAAUCAGAUACAUUCCCUCAAGAUCUUAUCGACGCCACCUCGGACUUUGAGAUUUUGCUUCUGUUAGCUAAAUCAAAUGCAUUAGCGGUUUUUGUCCUUGAUCAAGUGAUUCCACGAAUCAAAGCGCAUGGCCGUAUCGCAGCUUGUGGCGCCAUUUCAGGAUACAAUAAGGACUCAGGGAAAUUACCUACGAUGGGUACCACCUGGAUCGAAGUAAUCACCAACCGCUGUCUAUCAAAGGCUUCGUUGUGCUUGAUUUCAUGUUCCCGAAGGACGGGCCUAACAGAGUGGGCCACGGAAGCCUUUCCAGACAUUGCUGGAGCAGUUCAGCGGGGAGAGAUCACGCUUGAAGGCACUGAGGACAUUGUUUGGGGAAGGCUUUUUACUGGUGGUAAUACUGGGAAGUUGGUGACGAAGCUUACAUUUAGUGCAUGA